AUGACGUUGUCGCGCCACUGCGUCUUUCGUCCAAAGGGGGCGCUGUGAGUUUAUGUUCCGUCGGUUCCUGCAGCAGCAGAGGAAGUGAAGCGGCGUCGUAAAGAUGGCUGAGAGUGGAGUGACAGGUGGGAAAGAUGAAAUUGAACGAGCAAAGAAUGAAGGCAAAGAGCUGACCAAAGAGGAGAAGCAGCGGCUGAGGAAAGAGAAGAAACAGCAGAAAAAGCACAAAGAGAAACAAGAUGGCAAGGCUUCACAAGAAAGCGAGAAAGAAAAGUCGCCAGUCAGUCCGAGUGCUGCCACAACCCAGUCUUCAACGCAAUCCACAACACAAAAAGCUCCCCCAGCAGUGCCUGCGCCGAUCUCCGUGCCUGCAUCCGAGUCCCAAGCGAAGAGUAAAGCUGAGCUGAAAGCUGAAAGAAGAGCUCGGCAAGAGUCUGAGAGGUCCAGCAAGCAGAAGAAAGGGGAGUCAGGACAACAGUCUGCCACGGGCAAACCGAAAGCACCGCCCAGUGACCUGCAACCAGUGGUGAAGAGGCUCCCAGAACACAUUCAGGUGGAUAAUCCAGAUGUUUUGAAGAAACUGGCCAAGAAGUUGGAAAGACAACAGAUCCCACUCCGGUUGGACUACGGCUACAAAGUGAGCCUGUUUUCUCAUCUCCACCAGUACAGCCGCAAAGCUCCUUUAACACAGCAACUCAGCAUUCCUUCCACAGUGAUUCAUCCUGCUAUCGUUCGACUGGGCCUCCAGUAUUCACAAGGCAUCGUGGCAGGAUCCAAUGCUCGCUCCAUUGCCCUGCUGCAUGCCUUCAAACAGGUGAUAUGGGACUACACUACACCUCCAAAUGAGGAGCUUUCAAGAGACUUGGUCAACAAGCUGAAACCUUAUAUCAGUUUUUUGAAUCAGUGUCGCCCCCUGUCAGCCAGCAUGGGUAACGCAAUCAAAUACAUCAAGAAAGAGAUCUCUAAUAUACCAAGCCAAUGCAAGGAAGAAGAGGCAAAGAAAAAGCUGCUCAUCUGCAUCGAGUGGUACAUUAAUGAAAAAAUAAUUCUUGCUGCUAAAGCUAUUGCCGAGUCCUCCAUAGAAAAGAUCAGCGAUGGUGAUGUCAUCCUGGUUUAUGGAUGCUCCUCGCUAGUCAACCACAUCCUGUGUGAGGCCUUUGACAAAAACAGGAAGUUCCGCGUCAUAGUGGUGGACAGCAGGCCUCGGCUGGAAGGCCGGGAGACCCUGAGGCGUCUGGUCCAGAGAGGCAUCAGCUGCACCUACGUUCUGAUCUCAGCCGUCUCCUACAUCCUUCCAGAGGUAUCAAAGGUUUUUCUUGGCGCUCAUGCGCUACUGGCAAAUGGUUACGUCAUGUCCCGUGUGGGGACUUCCCAGAUAGCUCUGGUGGCCAAAGCCUUUAAUGUGCCUGUGCUGGUGUGUUGCGAGACCUACAAGUUCUGUGAGAGGGUGCAGACAGAUUCUUUCGUAUCCAAUGAACUUGAUGACCCGGAUGACCUUAUUGUGACCCGUAAAGGUAAGACCACGCUGGAGGACUGGCAGCAAGUGCCCUCUCUCGGCCUGCUUAACUUAGUGUACGAUGUGACGCCGCCUGAUUUCGUGGAUCUAGUCAUCACAGAUCUGGGAAUGAUCCCAUGCACCUCGGUUCCUGUGGUGCUGCGAGUCAAAAACGUGGACCAGUAAACAAGCUCCAUCACGCAUCAGUUUGUGUGCAUGAAUGAUUGCACACAACACACAAUACCGUGCUUUUAGCAUGCAAUAAAUGUAUAUCUGAAAUGGCAUAAGCUUUUUUUUAAA